ACUCGUCUUUGGCCUGUGGGAUAAAAAAGUUACGGCAAAAAUGCAUUAUAUUAUAAAAGAAAAAUGCAAUAAAUGAAUUGAACUUGCAUUGUUGAUGAUAGAUAAAUAUUUCGUUUUAUAAUAGUGAAACUUUGACUAACAACUACACGCAAAAUGUUUUCGACAAGUUCUCAAAAAAAGUUUUGGACUUUUGGUGAUGAAAAUGAAUUGGUGUGCCUUCGUGAAAAACACAAUUUACAGUUUAUUAUGAAACACGGCGCCCACAUUGAUGAAUACCAACGAUAUAAUUUCUUCCUUACACCUGACGAAGAAAGGCUUUUACUAAAGCAAUAUGAGCUUCAUAUGAAAGAAUUCUGCAAGAGGUUUAAUCCUCCAAUGCCAAAAGGUGUAGUCGGUACAUCAUUUCAAUAUUUUAAAAGGUUCUAUUUGUACAAUUCGUCAAUGGAUUAUCAUCCCAAGGAAAUUCUAGCCACAUGUGUUUAUUUAGCUUGUAAGGUAGAAGAAUUUAAUGUCUCCAUAGGACAGUUUGUAGCAAAUAUAAAAGGAGAUAGAGAAAAAGCCUCUGAUAUAAUCCUUAACAAUGAACUUUUAUUGAUGCAACAAUUAAAUUAUCAUUUGACAAUUCAUAACCCAUUCAGGCCUGUAGAAGGCUUCCUUAUUGAUAUCAAGACUCGAUGUUCUCUUGCUAAUCCUGAGAGGUUACGAAGUGGUAUUGAUGAAUUUCUAGAAAAAGUAUUUUUGACAGAUGCUUGUUUACUAUAUGCUCCAUCACAGAUUGCCCUUGCUGCUGUGUUACAUGCAGCGAGCAAAGAGCAAGAGAACUUAGAUAGUUAUGUGACAGACAUGCUGUUCAGAGAUGCCGGACCUGACAAACUUGCAAUCUUGAUAGAAGCUGUUCGUAAGAUACGUUCCAUGGUUAAGAUGGUAGAGAGUCCAGCAAGAGAAAAGGUUCGGUUAAUAGAGAAGAAAUUGGAUAGAUGUAGAAACCAAGAGAACAAUCCAGAUAGUGAGAUUUAUAAGAGACGUAUGAAAGAAGCUCUGGAUGAAGAUGAUCUUCCAUACACUGGUUCCAGCCGGAUGUCUCUAGACACAAGUGGAAUUAGUCAAGUGGCAACAUCUUAAUAUUGACUAUACUUUGACAUUUUGUAAGAUAUCAUAAUAAAUAGGUUUUACACU